AUGGCGAGACGCAAGAAAAGCACCCCAAAGCCAGCUACUAAACCGACGGUGGUUAUUUCUCCAGCGGUCCAGACGGUUGGAGGGCAGCAGACUGUAGUCGACGAUGCUGUUCCGGAGGAGAUGGAAGAAGUUUAUACUGAUUCGAUGCUGGAUUUUCCUGAAGCUGGAGUUCAUGGUCCUUCGGACUGUAUUGGAACAUCUGUUGGAGAUGGUUUGUUAGAAGAUGUAGUAGAGGAGACGACUGAGACUGCAGGUAAGUUUCAAAGCCAGGCUAGGGAUAAAUGGUCUCAGUUCAGAGCCCUGCUUCCUAAUCAAGGUGGGGCAAAGCUCAGGUUUGAGGAACCAAUUGUUCAAGAGGGCCAACGUAUUGCUCAAGUUGAUUUGGAUGAGGUCCAAAUUGAGAGUUUAUUCUGGAGUUCAGCUGUGGUGUGUCAGGUGCUUGGGGCAAACCCUCCAUUUGCAGUGUUUGAGGGAUUUAUUAAAAGGAUAUGGGGUAAACUUGGCAUUGAGAGAAUUGCUAGGUUGAAUAAUGGGUUCACACUUGUUAACUUUCGUGAUGAAGUCACUAGGGAUCUAGUUUUGGAAGCUGGGGUUCUCCAUUUUGAUAGGAAACCAGUGAUAGUAAAGCCUUGGUCUACUGAUUUGGACACAUUGAAGGUAGUGAAGUCUGUUCCUGUCUGGAUUAGAUUACCAGGUCUUGGAUUGCAAUAUUGGGGUACUAAGUGUUUGAGUGCUCUUAUGAGCACAAUAGGGGUUCCAAUAUUGGUCGAUAAGGUUACGAAGGACAGAUCUAUGAUGCAAUUCGCUAGAGUUUUAGUGGAGAUAGAACUCUCGGAGGAUCUCCCUAAAUCGGUUCAAUUUCUCAAUGAGAAAGGGCAGUUAGUGGAGCAAUUUCUGGAGUUUGAGUGGCUUCCUACCCAAUGCAGGGGUUGUAAAGUGUAUGGCCAUACUGUCAAGGUCAUAGAGGCAGGAAUUCCUGACACUGGGCCGUGUGAUGUCGUCAAUGGGAAUGAGGGAAGUGAGACUCUGAAUGUGAAUAAUGAGGAGAUGGAUAUGCCCCAGGAGACUUCUAAAUCUGCUCCUGUUUUGUCUGGUGUUAACCAGACUCGGAAUCCAAUCAGUAAGACCAAUACAGGCAGUAAUUCGGACUGGAUUACCCCUAAACGGGUUGGAGGGAACAAAAAGGCCACCCAGAGGGCAAAGAACACUUUGACUAAUUCUUACAGUGCGUUGCAAGGAAAGGUCUUGGAGGUAGCAAAUUUGGGACUAAUUUCAACUAGUGGCUUGUUGGAGACCAAACUUAGGGGUGAUAAAAUCAAGAAGAUGAUGCAAUCUUUUUUUAGAGGUUGGAGUUUUUUUUCGGGUUCAGUUUCAGAUGGCAGAGUGUUGAUUAUUUGGCAACAACACUUGGUUUCUGUUAAGGUUCUUCAUGAAAUAGACCAGCUGGUUCACACUUAUGUUAAGGGCAUAAGGACAAAUAAAGAGUUUUGUGUGACAUUUGUGUAUGGUAGGAACUCUAUAGAGGAAAGAGUGAGUCUCUGGAGGGAUUUGACUACUCUUUGUUUUCCAGCUACUGCGUGGUUGAUAACUGGAGAUUUUAAUGCUGUUUUUGAAAGUGCGGACAGAAUUGGUGGCCGUGUUAUAUUGUCCAUUGAGUUAUCUGAUGCUCAAUCUUGGAGGGCUUUGGGGUUAGUUGAUGAAAUGCGUGCUAGAGGGUCUCAUUUUACUUGGACAAAUAAUCAGAAGAAGGAUGACAAAAUUUAUUCGAGAUUGGACAGAGUCUUUGCGAAUGAAGGAUGGCUGGACAUUUUCCCUCAAUCUGAGGCUGUGUUCAACUGGGAAAUGCACUCAGACCAUUGCUACUGUAUCAUAAAACCUGAGGUUUCUGUUAAUUGUGGUGUUAAACUUUUCAGGUUCUUCAAUAUGUGGUCUAACCAUGAAAAGUUUAAGGCUACUGUCUUACAAAACUGGUGUAAAUCUAUUCGAGGGAUUGGGCUGGUGUGUAUCUGUUAUAAGCUGAACCGGCUUCAGGGGGUGCUUCAGAAGUUUAAUAGGCUUAGUGUGGGAGAUGUUGGCCAGAAUUUCACAAUGGCCAAAGAAAGGUUCCAGGCUGCCCAGUUAUCCCUGCAGAGUGAUCCUCACUCAGUGAGUCUUCAAAGAAUUGAAACUGAGGCUGGUAUCAAGUUGGAUUACCAUGCCAGAGUGUAUGAGAGCUUUUUGAAACAGAAAAGUAAAGUGGACUGGCUGCGGUUUGGAGACGAUAAUACGGCUUAUUUUCACGCCUGUCUUAAGCAAAGGAGAGCCUCUAACUGUAUCACUUCGGUUGUUACUGAAACAGGCCAGAAUAUUGAUAAGUUUACUGAUGUUGUGAACCAUUUUGUGACUCACUUCCAGAAGAUUAUGGGAAGCAAAAGCAUGGCCUCUAGUCCUAUUCAGAAAUCUUGUUUUGAGCUUGGUCAUAGAUUGACGUUGGAACAACAAGUUAGUUUAGUCAAGCCUUUCUCUAUCAAGGAAGUUAAAGAAGCGAUGUUCAGCAUUAAGUCUAUUAAGAGCCCGGGGCCUGAUGGGUUUGGCUCGGGAUUUUUCAAAGCUCUUUGGAACGAGUUAGGGACCGAAAUAUCAGCUGCUAUUAUCGGUUUCUUUGACAGUGGUUUUCUGCCUGAGGAAAUUAAUAAGGCUACUAUUUCCUUGAUCCUUAAAGUUGAGACUCCUUCUCGGGCAACAGAUUAUAGGCCAAUUGCUUGUUGUAACUCUAUUUACAAAUGCAUUUCUAAAAUGCUUUGUAGUAGAUUAGCUUUGGUGCUUCCUAGUCUGGUCCAUCCAAACCAAGGAGCCUUUGUUAAAAACAGGUUAUUGGCGCAUAAUAUUCUAAUCCUUCAGGAUAUUAUCAAAGGCUAUAAGAGGAAAAACACUUCCCCAAGGUGUGUCUUGAAGAUUGAUUUGAGCAAAGCUUAUGACAUGCUAGAUUGGAACUUUUUGGAGGAUAUUCUCACUGAGUUUUGUUUUCCGGUUAAAUUCAUUAAUUGGGUCAUGGCUUGUUUGAAGGAUCCUACCUAUCUAAUUCUUAUGAAUGGGAAGGUUCAAGGGGAGUUUAGAGGUCGGAAGGGGCUUAGACAAGGGGACCCGAUUUCCCCUCUGUUAUUUGUUUUAGCUAUGGAGUAUUGUACCCGAUUAUUUCAGCAAGCUUCCUUGGACAAGAGAUUCCGGUUUCAUCCUAAAUGUAAGCGCCUUAAACUUGUCAAUCUUUGUUUUGCCGAUGACUUGGUCAUUUUUUGCAAGGGGGUUAAUAGCUCGGUUCAGAUUAUCAAGGAGAGCUUUUAUGCGUUCUGUUGUGCUUCUGGUUUGACAGCCAACAAGGAUAAAUCUCAGAUUAAUUUUGGUGGUGUGGCGGAUAAAGAAAUUACUAGUCUGAUUGAGGGGCUCCAGUUUUCUGAAGGGCAGUUCCCCCUAAAAUAUUUGGGAGUUCCUCUUCGAACUUCUAGAUGGAAGGCUGGCGAUUGUUCUCUCAUUAUCAAAAAGAUUAAGUCUAAACUUCACACUUGGGCGAGCCGUCAUCUUUCAUUCGCGGGGAGGGCUCAAUUAAUCAACUCGGUGCUUUUGGGCAUAAGAUCUUUUUGGAUGAGUAUUUUCAUUCUCCCUAAGAGUGUCAUCAAGGAGGUGGAUCGGCUUUGUAGGAACUUCCUUUGGGGAGUUAAAGAUGGAAAUCUUCAGCGUAGCAAGUUGCACUUCACUACAUGGGAUCAGGUUUGCUUGCCUAAGUGUAUGGGCGGUCUUGGAUUCAAAGAUAGCUGUAUGUGGAAUAAAGUGCUUCUUGCCAAGUAUAUUUGGGCUGUUUCGUCUAAGCUUGAUAUUCUUUGGGUUAAGUGGGUGGAUUCGAUAUACUUAAAAGGUCAGGAUUUCUGGCUUUACAGAGCUCCUCAGGAUGUGAGCUGGUAUUGGAAAAGAUUGACUAAGCUCAGGGAUGACUUCCCUGCUGUUAGACUUGAUGAGGCAGUCCAUCAUAACAAGCUUUGUCUGAAAAGUCUGUAUCACAAGUUGCUUAACAAAGACAAAGUUAUUUUUGCGAAUGUAGUUUGGAACUCUUUGUCUGUGCCUAAACACAGAUUCAUUUUAUGGCAGGCUACCUUAGGCCAUCUGUUGACUCGAGACAAGCUCAGUCUCUGUCAUAUGGACCUUCCUUCCUUGCUCUGUCCGGUUUGUGAAGAGGAUCAAGAAUCUCAUGCUCAUUUGUUUUUUGAGUGCCCGUUUUCUCGGCUGGUUGUUUCCCAGGUGAAGAACUGGCUGGGUUCUGGUAUUUGGCCGAGUAGCAUUGAUGGUUGGAGCUCUUGGAUGGCUGCCUUAUGGUUUGGCUUUGAGGCAUCAAAUAAAGAGGCUGAAUAUGAAGCACUAUUAGCAGGACUUCGGAUAGCUUCCAAGCUCAAAGAGAAGGUCUUAGGAGAAUAUCAAGCUCGUGACAUUAAGAUGGCAACUUACUUGGAUAAAGUCAAGGCAACAUUCAGGAAAUUCGAGUUCUAUGCCAUUGAACAAGUUCCAUGGGAGAAAAACUCGAAUGCAUAUGCUCUAGCUAGGCUUGCCGCAACCAAAGAAGCUGAUGCACUCAAUGUGGUGUCGGUCGAGUUCCUACCAGUCCCAAGCAUAGCCAAGCCUGAAGAAUAA